GAUGGGAUUUUUUCCCAAAAAAAGGUGGAAAAUCCAGGAUUUUGAGUUUGGGAUCAUCCCAGUGACAGCACCAGGGGAUUUCAUGGAAAAAAGAGCUGGAAAAAUCAUGGAAUGGGAUUUUUAUCCCAAAAAAAGGUGGAAAUUCCAGGAUUUUGAGCUCAGGAUUAUCCCAAUGAGGGCACAGGAAGGAAAUUCCAUGAAAAAAAAGCUGGGAAUUUUUUUAGGACAGGAUUUUACCCCAACAAAACCCCUCGCAAUUCCACGUGCCGCCAACACCGCCAACACCCCAACAACAAAAAAACCCCCAAAAAAAACCCCAUUUUUUCACCACCAACUCCCAAAACUCCAAAUUCCCCCCCAUUUUCCAGGGAGGGUUUUGAGGGAUGAUUUUUUUUGGGGGAUAAAUUUGGGAUAAUCCGGGAAUUUCCUGUUCCCGCAGCCGCCGCUCAACGCUCAGAUGUUGGCGCAGCGCCAACGCGAGCUCUACAGCCAACAGCACCGGCAGCGCCAACUGAUGCAGCAACGCGCCCUCCUCAUGCGGCAGCAGAAUUUCGGGAAUUCCGCCGCCGGAAUUCCCAUGGGAAACCCGAGGUUGGCUCAAGCCCCGCCCCAGCAGUUCCCGUACCCCCCCGGUUACGGUACGAACGCCGGGAAUUGCGGAGGAUCCGGCUUUUCCGGAGAGGCGGCGGCGGCGGCGCUGGGGAAUCGCGGAUCGCUGGGGAAUCGAGGGAUGAUGGGAGCGCAGUUCGGAGCCGCAGCCGGGAUGGGACCGGCGGGGAUUCAGCAGAAUUUGUUUCAAUAUUCGGGAUCAGGGAUGGCGCAGCAGAGCGACGGCGCCUUCGCGCCCGCGCUCAGCCCCGGCAGCCCCCUGAUGUCACCGCAGCUGCCGCCGGCGCCGCCCGCGCCCGGGUACCAAUCACCGGAAGUGAAAUCCUGGAAUAACGGGGUGUUCGGGCAGGCUCCGGCGGCUCCGGCGGCUCCGGCGGGAAUGUACAACAACAUGAGCAUCACCGUGUCCAUGGGCGGCUCCGGCGGCUCCGGCGCCGUUCCCGGCAUGGCAGCCAUGGCCGGCGGAAUUCCCAUGAAUUCCAUGAUGGCCGGGAUGAAUUCCAUGUGCUCCGAGCAGGUCCCGGACGCGGCGCUGAGACCUCCAGGGCUGUUCUGUAACCAGCUGGGCUCCGGGGAGCUGCUCAAGGCCGAGCCCGACGGCGCCCAGGUCAGUUGGUGCUCCUCAAACUUCCGGGAAGCUCCGGAGAUCCGGGAUAUUCCCAAAAAAACCUCGGGAUGUUCCCUGGGGAUGUUCCCGGAAGGGUCCGGCAGGAGAGCGAGGUCGGGGUGAAGGAACCGCGGUGGUGACGCCCAUGGGGUGACACCCGUGGGGAUGGAGACACCAGGGUCACACCAGUGGUGGGUGACACCCAUGGGGUGACACCUCUUGAGUUGGAGCCACCAAAGUCAUACUACAGUUGGGUGACACCCAUGGGUGUCACCCGUGGGGAUGGAGACACCAAGGUCCAUCUAAAGCUGGGUGAUGCCCAUGGGGUGACACCUCUUGAGUUGGAGCCACCAAAGUCAUAUUACAGUUGGGUGACAGCCAUGGGGUGACAUCUCUUGGGUUGGAGCCACCAAGGUCCAUCUAAAGUUGGGUGACACCCAUGGGGUGACACCUUUUGGGUUGGAGCCACCAAGGCAAGGUCACACCACUGGUGGGUGACACCCACUGGGUUGGAGCCACCAUGGUCCCACAAGAGUUUGGUGACACCCAUGGGGUGACACCUUUGGGGUUGGAGCCACUGAGGUCCCACCACUGGUGGGUGACACCCAUUGGGUGACACUUCUUGGGUUGAAGUCACCAAGGUCCAUCUGAAG